AUGCCGCUCAACCCGCUGCAGCUCCGCGGGCGCGAGGCGGUGCCGUCGCUCGACUUGACGGGGAAGGGCCUCGGACCCGGAUCGGCUGCGGUCGUCGCGGCGGGGGUUUCGGUCAACGGGGUGCUGAAAACCCUCGACCUCUCCCACAACAACAUCGGCGACGAGGGUGUCGAGGCGCUAGCAGACACUCUUAGCGUCAACAGGGUGCUGACCACCCUCAAGCUCGUCGACAACAACAUCGGCGACGAGGGCGCCGUUGCGCUGGCCUCCGCUCUUCGCGUCAACGGGGUGCUGACGUCCUUGAACGUGUGCGGCAACAGGAUCGGGCCAACUGGCGCGACCGCGAUCGCAGAGGCGCUGCGCGUCAACGGGGUGCUGAAAAAACUCAACCUCGACGGCCAUGAGCUCGACCUGCCGAAGCUGCGCGGCACCGACCCGGUCAAAACCCUCGACCUCUCGAGCAAGAGCCUCGGACCCGCUUCGGCCAUCAUCCACGACGAGGGCGCCGCUGCGAUCGCCGAGGCGCUGCGCGGCAACGGGGUGCUGACCAAGCUCGACCUCUCCAACAACGAGAUCGGCGACGAGGGUGCCAAGGCGAUCGGCGAGGCGCUGCGCGUCAACGGGGUGCUGAACAACAUCAGCCUCCGCUACAACGAUUUGGGCGACGAGGGCGCUGUUGCAAUCGCCGAGGCGCUGCGCGUCAACGAGGUGCUGACCAAGCUCGUGCUCGUGGACAGCAACAUCGGCGACGAGGGCGCCGCUGCGCUGGCCUCCGCUCUUCGCGUCAACGGGGUGCUGAAAAACAUCGACCUCCGCUUGAACAAGUUGGGCGACAACGGGAAGGGAGUGAUUCGAGAUGCGGUGAGCGGGCGGGAAGGGUUCAAGCUCCAGAUGUGA